UCAGUUGAAAUCUGUGUCUGCUUCCCAGUCAGACCUCCUCUGUGUCGUUCCCGCGGUGACAUUACAGGACCGUCUUUGAAACUCAAGAGGCAACACGACAUUUUUCGUUCUAAACUUUAUUUUUUUCUGUUACGUUUUAUUUUAACUUCAUGUAUUUGUAGGUAUAGGUGAUAGUGGAAAAUGCGCUCUGUGUAGCCAUUCUUGAGAUUCAUUCCAUCGGAUUAAAUAACAACACAUUGGAAAAUUAGACAAAAAGUUUGUUUAGGAUGUGGACCAAGAGGAUUUUUUCGUGCUUGGUUGGACUGGUGGCGUUGACGGGUUUUCUCGCAGUAAAAGUAAGAGGAAAAGACCCUCCAGCGCUCGGGGGGAAAACGCUUCUCAAGGUGGAUGGAGAUCAGACGGCUGCCUCAAAUCGAGUGAGGAGAAGAGGAAAACAGGAAUCCCUACGAGGGCCCAAUGUGUGUGGAUCACGUUUCCACUCCUACUGUUGUCCAGGCUGGAAAACCUUGCCCGGGGGCAACCAGUGUAUCGUGCCCAUUUGCCGCAACAACUGUGGAGAUGGAUUUUGCUCACGGCCCAACAUGUGCACAUGUCCCAGUGGCCAAAUUGCACCAACCUGUGGGACAAAGUCCACCCAGCAGUGUCACGUCAGGUGUAUGAACGGUGGCCUCUGUGCCGAGAACCACUGUCAGUGUCAGAAGGGCUUCUCAGGCUCCUACUGUGGACAACCCGUCUGUGAUAGUAUGUGCCAAAACGGCGGGCGCUGCAUUGGACCCAACCGGUGCGCCUGUGUCUACGGGUUCACUGGGCCCCAGUGUGAGAGAGGUAAGAGCCCAAGCCUAUGGAAACCCGGUGCGCCUGUGUCUACGGGUUCACUGGGCCCCAGUGUGAGAGAGAACUGGGUCCUGGACUUCCUGGAGGUGGUGAAGGCACACUCUUCCACACUGAUCCUCAACACGGGGGCCCCACAAGGGAGGAACCAGGCUGAGAACGUCCCCAUCAACGGGUGCGCCGUGGAAAUGGAGGCUGAAGAAAUUUGGCUUGUCCCCGAGGGGGCCCUCACAGGGUUCUACGGGAGCACCAUCGAGAGCACCACUCUCGGGCUGCAUCACAGCCUGGUCCGGCCGCGGACCGCAAGGCGCUACAGAGGAUGGUACCUGUCAGACUGUCAGACUGGCCAAUAG